AUGAAGACUCCACGUUCUGUCCUCCAUUUCAUCUCAGUUCUCAACUCUGUAUCAUUCUCUAUUAUCAAUCCUCUGUUGACCAUCGUUCAUAACAUUCUGUUUUGGUUCUUUCAUCUCUUACGCUGGGUACCCAGCUUUGAACCCAAAGUUCCCCGAGUUGAUGAACAACCAACCGUGUUGGUUACGGGUGCGAGCAAAGGGAUAGGAAGAUGUAUUGCCAUGCGGUUAGCAGAGAGAGGUUAUGAGGUAUUUGCUGGGAUUCGAAGCACAGAAGAUGGAGAGUCGCUAGUAGCAGAGUUUGAAGACAAGGUUAAAAUUGGGAAAGGGAAGGGGAGCAUCCACACAGUGAUACUGGAUGUCGCUAAAGAUGAAGACGUUGCCAGCGCUGUGCAAACAGUCAUCGGCCAUUGUGGCCCAAAAGGUCUUGCAGGACUCAUCAACAACGCCGGCGGAGCAAUCGUUGGCCCUCUCGAACUCUUUCGGGACGAAGAUUUUUACUAUUCACUCGACGUGAAUCUCUUUCAAGCCUAUAAAUUAACAAAGAAAUUCCUUCCGGCUUUGCGACUCGCAAAAGGAAGAGUGAUCAAUAUCAGUAGCAUGAUGGCUUGGACUUUUCAUUUGCCAGGUUUUGGAGCAUAUCAUGUCGGCAAGGCAGCCCUGUCAUCUUUGAGCACCGUGUGGAGGCGGGAACUCUUCAAGAGCGGUGUAGCCGUCAGUUUCGUCGAGCCAGGCUCGAUCCAAAGCGAGAUUUGGACCAAAGGAUUCGACUCCAUAGCCGCCCAUGAAAGCCAAAAAGAAAAAACUGCGGGAUUUCAGACAUUUUCGACCGACCCAAUUUACAGCGAUGCUCCUCCCGAACUCAAAAAGAUGUACCGACCGCUGUUCAAAAUGUGUGAAGAAAUGGCUUACCUAGCCAAAGAAGAGGCGAUUCCUCCUGAUCACGUUGCCGCAGCAGUAGUGCAUGCAAUGACAAGCCGAUGGCCCAAGGAGAGAUAUUUAGUGGGCAUGGAUGCACUUUGGUUCAACGUUAUGCAGACUUUUGUUCCCGAGUGGAUGUCUGAUGCAUUGGGCUUCCGAUCUUGGUAAAACCCGGCUAUAACCGGGUUGGGCAUGGU